CGUCUAGGGUGUCCUUGCUGUUCGGCAUCGUUGCUUCCCAGGAGGUGUCGGUUCUUCGGCUCCUUCGUCGCUGUUCGACUUCGCUCCUUCGACGACGUUCCCUUCCUGUCGGAUCGGACGUUUCAAAAUUUUGAUCUGAAGCAACGACGGAGCUCGCUAGCUCGCUGUGAAGUGACGACUCCGAGCUCUUCAAAGUCAGGGAGGGGAGAGAACUCAGCGGCAAUGGAGGCAGAGAAGUACCAAAUCGAUUUGGGAAACCUUAUGGCCUAUGAUCCAAGUCAUCACUUCCAGCCCCUCCCCUCGUCCAGGGAAGAACUGUCGAGGCAAUGCUUGGAAAAGGGAACAGAGCUCGUUCAAGGCGUUGUCAAUGCUCUAUUCAGUUUACCAUCGACUGAAGACCUGGACGGACCCAUUGUUCGAUUGCCAGAACCCUCAACGAGGCUUCCUAGGGAGAAACAUUUACCCAGGCCUAAACCUCCUACAAAAUGGGAAUUGUUUGCCAAGAUGAAAGGAAUAAAGAAUCGUAAAAAGGACAAGCGUGUUUUUGAUGAACGAACUGGUACUUGGAAGAGACGUUAUGGCUAUGAUCGAGUGAAUGAUGAUAGAGAUGUACCAAUUAUUGAAGCCAAAAUGACUGACGAGCCUGGGGAGGAUCCUUUCAGCAAAAGGAUGGAUGAAAAGAAGAAACGGGUUGACAAGCAAGAAAAGAACCGGCUGCAGAAUCUUAAACAAGCUUUCAAAGCGGGUGAUUUGCCAAGUCAUAUCCAGCUUGCUGCAACAGCGUUGCCCAUCACUGGAACUCAGAAAGUAAUACCAAAGAAAGCCAGUAAAGAAGAGCUUGAGGGUGUCGCUGGAAUGGCAGCAACAGCAACAGCAAGCGGUGGAAAAUUUGACAAGAAACUUCCAGGAGAGAAACCCGCGAAGCAUACUGGAAAACAUCGGAAGUUUCUCCCUGUUGUGGAAGGAAAGGGAAUGGGGGCUCAAGAGAAAGAACAAACAGAGAAAAUACUCAACAAAUUAAUGGCUAGAAGUUCUCAUGAUAUACUUGAUGUUGACAGGGCUGUUACAAUGUUCAAUGUGAAGACAGAGAAGCAGAGGAAAAGGGAAAAGGAAGUUUCUUUACCUUCUACAUCAAACAAGUUGAAGUCCAAAAAGAAAACUUUCAAAAGUUCUUCCAAGAAGAAACAAUAAUUGUGCUAAUUAUUUUGUCCUGUAUGAUUCAAGAAAUUUUUCCUGGCAUGCAAAGUUAGAAUCUUACUUUUUGUAUGCUUUUAACCAGAACCAUUGUGUAUUAUUUGCAUUUCUUAUAUUUAUCAUCAAGAACUUCAUCAGCUUAGCUAAAUUUUUCUAA